CUCUCAGAGAAAAGUCUUGUAGCUCGCAUCAUAGCCUUAUCUUGUUGCGGCUGGUAAAUAAAAGGCGAUAACGCGCCACGAAGUUUACUGUACUAUAUUAUAUCACAUUCAACGGAGGCGUGUUCGUGACGGUUUCCGGUCAAGUGGGUUUUACUAAUUAAUAAUUUGUUCAAAACGAAUGCUCCGCAAAUACGGUCGGUAAACAAGUUGUUUUGAACGUUAAAAUUAUAAAUCUUAGUACACAGUGAAAAUGGCUCUAAGCAGUUUAAAAUCAAACCUUCAAUUCGCCACCCUAAAGACACUGUCUUUAGUAUCAAUCAGUGCGAUGACUCCUCAACAAAGCGUCAAAGAGGUGUUUCGGACAGCUGAUUGCGUAUGCUUCGAUGUCGAUUCAACAGUCAUCAGGGACGAAGGAAUUGACGAGUUGGCGAAAUUCUGCGGGAAAGGCGAAGAUGUUAAAAGACUAACUGCAGAAGCGAUGUGCGGUAACAUGACGUUCCAGGAGGCGUUAAAGAAGAGGCUGGAUAUUAUACGACCCACCGUCGGCCAAAUCAAAGAAUACUUAGAGAAAUUUCCUAUCCACCUAACACCGGGCAUCGCAGAACUAGUAAAGGUACUACAAGAACGAGGUGUGGCCGUAUACCUCGUAUCUGGUGGCUUCAGAAGUCUCAUUGACCCAGUGGCAGAUCUCCUCUCAAUACCCAGGACCAACAUUUACGCCAACAGACUCAAGUUUUACUUUAAUGGUGAAUACGCGGGCUUCGAUGAGAACGAGCCCACGUCUCGAUCUGGUGGCAAGCCCCUGGUAAUAAGGCGGCUGAAGGAGCAACACGGCUACCAGAAGCUGGUCAUGAUUGGAGAUGGCGCCACUGAUGCGGAAGCCAGUCCGCCCGCAGAUGCUUUUAUUGGUUUUGGCGGGAACGUCGUACGAGAGGAAGUACAGAAGAGGGCGCCCUGGUUCGUAACAAGCUUUCAAGAAUUGACAGAUGCUCUCAUAGUUCAAAAGUGAUCUUAAUGACAUUGACAUUACGGCUCCUGUGACAUAGCCACAGAUAAUGUAGAACAAUUACCACAGACAAGGUAGUUCUAUGUUAUCUGUGACUUUAUUGUACGUAUCGUACUUUGAUAUAUUAUUUAAAUAAUACUCAUCAAAUAUAUACUACAUAAUGUUAUAUUUUGGUAAAUAUUUAUUGAUAUAAUAUAAUAAAUACUUUUUUGGCAUUCACAAGGUUAUGAAAUUACGUUGUGUUGGUGAAAUAUAAAAAUAUCUAUGUAUUAUUAAAUAUUAUGACAAAAUAAUUACUCUAAUUUAGAGCCUUAUGCCUUUAUUAAUAAUAAAUUUCCAAUAUAUUUUAGCUAAUAUUUGUUUCUCAUUGUUUUUUAACCACACAAUAGUAAAAACUAUUUAUAGGAAAAAAGUGUCUCUAUUUUUUUUAUUAUACAUACUUUUAUUUACUGGCCGUAAAAUAAACAUAUAUAUAGAGAAAUAUUUAUGUGGUAUACAUUGUUAAGUAUUAAAAUAGUAAUUACCUUUUCGCUCUUUCUAAGGCAAGGGUACAAAAUAUUUUUUAUAUACUGCCAUAAUGUCUUCCCGUAUAUAUUUAUGUUAUUGUACUUUGAGUACAAAAUUUAUGGAUUUGUUUGUGUGGUGUAUGUGAUUAAUGUUAGUUAAAUUGUAGGAAAUACAAUGAAUGAUAAUUUAUUACCUACGGACCUCAGUCAAUGUAAAGUGGCUGUGUACUUCCUAUUUUAAGAAUAAAGUUAUUUGAUAAUUA